GUGACCCGGACAGCAAUGUGACAGCAGCACCAGUGAGUGUAUGUCCGGGCAUGAGGAGGAAGAGGAGGUGGUUGCUGAUGAUGAUGGUGGGAGAGGAGGAGGUGCUCAGCUGAAGCUGCUGCUGGUGCUCAUGACGCAGGAAAAACGCACCGCCGGCCACAGCGAGACCGUGCGAGAGUGGAGAGGACUAUUCUAAAUAUAUUAGCGGAAGAGGAGAAGCGCCGCACCAAGCCCCCUGCUGCGGGGAGCGCACAGAGGCGGCCGCUGACAGAGCACUACUGCAACGGAGGCCUCCAGGAACCGGCUCUGAGCUUGCGACAGGGAGGAGAAAUACCGGCGCGGGAGGCGACGUGAAGAAGUUUUAAUGCAUAUGAAGUUGUGGGGGAGGACAUAAAGGAAGCGAGGCUGCCCGACCGCGCCGCUCUGCACAGCCUCCGCUCAGUCACUAGCCUCCUAUAUAUACACAUUACUGGGUCUGACAGUACUGCCGCUGCCACAUGUGUCUCCGCUACCCCCUGCUGCUAUGAGGCGCAGACCGGCUCUUCCUCAGGGGAGAAGGGCUCACUAGUUUGCGGUUAUGCAAUGGUCUCUGCAAAAUGUUCUGUGUUUGAGGUGGAGCUUCGUACGACAGACAUAUGCCUGCUUGUCAUCUUUAUUAAAGGGACUAUAAUUUCUUCUCUUGCAACUGCUACAUAAACAGACAAAAUUGCAAAAAUCUGCCCUGUGUCGAGUAUGACAGCCACGACCCGUGGCUCUCCGGUUGGAGGGAAUGAAAGCCAGGGCCAAGCUCCCGAUGGACAGUCCCAGCCUCCACUCCAACAGAAUCAGACCUCCUCACCUGAUUCUUCCAAUGAGAACUCCCCAGUCAGCCCUCCAGAUGAGCAGGGACAAGGGGAGGCACCACCUCCGCUUGAGGAUGAGGAACCCGCCUUUCCUCACACUGACUUGGCCAAGCUGGAUGACAUGAUCAACAGACCUCGCUGGGUUGUUCCAGUUUUGCCUAAAGGUGAAUUAGAAGUUCUUUUAGAAGCUGCUAUUGAUCUUAGUAAAAAAAGCCUUGAUGUGAAAAGUGAAGCUUGCCAACGAUUCUUUAGAGAUGGUCUAACAAUAUCUUUUACAAAAAUUCUCACGGACGAGGCAGUGAGUGGCUGGAAGUUUGAGAUCCAUAGGUGUAUUAUUAACAACACUCAUCGCCUUGUGGAACUAUGUGUAGCCAAGCUUUCCCAGGAUUGGUUUCCUCUUCUUGAACUUCUUGCUAUGGCCUUAAAUCCUCAUUGUAAAUUUCACAUCUACAAUGGUACACGUCCAUCAGAGACCGUUCCAGCUGGAGUACAACUAGCAGAAGAUGAGCUGUUUGCCCGUCCUCCUGACCCACGUUCUCCGAAAGGUUGGUUAGUAGACCUUAUAAAUAAGUUUGGCGCAUUAAAUGGGUUCCAGAUCCUGCAUGAUCGAUUUAUGAAUGGCUCUGCAUUGAAUGUUCAAAUCAUUGCCGCUCUCAUAAAGCCAUUUGGACAGUGCUAUGAUUUUUUAACUCUCCACACAGUCAAGAAGUAUUUUCUUCCAAUUAUAGAAAUGGUUCCUCAGUUUUUAGAAAAUCUAACUGAUGAGGAGUUGAAAAAAGAAGCAAAGAAUGAAGCCAAAAAUGAUGCUCUGUCCAUGAUAAUAAAAUCCCUUAAAAACCUAGCUUCCCGAGUUCCAGGGCAAGAAGAAACUGUCAAAAAUUUAGAAAUUUUUAGGCUUAAAAUGAUACUUAGGUUGUUACAAAUUUCUUCCUUUAAUGGAAAAAUGAAUGCACUUAAUGAAGUGAACAAAGUUAUAUCAAGUGUAUCGUACUAUACACACAGACAUGGCAAUCCAGAGGAGGAGGAGUGGCUGACUGCAGAACGUAUGGCAGAAUGGAUCCAACAGAACAAUAUCCUAUCAAUUGUUUUACGUGAUAGCCUUCACCAACCGCAAUAUGUUGAAAAAUUAGAGAAAAUUCUUAGAUUUGUCAUCAAGGAAAAAGCCCUAACUCUGCAGGACCUAGACAACAUUUGGGCAGCACAGGCAGGAAAACAUGAAGCCAUUGUAAAAAAUGUCCAUGAUUUACUUGCUAAACUAGCGUGGGAUUUUUCCCCAGAACAACUUGACCAUCUGUUUGAUUGUUUUAAGGCCAGUUGGACAAACGCAAGUAAAAAACAACGGGAAAAGUUGCUGGAGUUGAUACGGCGACUAGCGGAGGAUGACAAAGAUGGCGUAAUGGCUCAUAAAGUGUUGAACCUUUUGUGGAAUUUGGCUCACAGUGAUGAUGUACCAGUUGAUAUAAUGGACCAAGCCUUGAGUGCUCACAUUAAAAUUUUGGAUUACAGCUGCUCGCAGGUUAGUAAAGAUCGAGACACGCAGAAAAUUCAGUGGAUAGAUCGCUUUAUAGAGGAACUGCGUACAAAUGACAAGUGGGUCAUUCCAGCUCUAAAACAAAUUAGAGAAAUCUGCAGUUUAUUUGGUGAAGCGCCACAAAAUUUAAGUCAGACACAGCGCAGCCCUCAUGUUUUCUACCGCCAUGAUUUAAUUAACCAACUCCAGCAUAACCAUGCCCUUGUCACUUUAGUGGCUGAAAAUCUUUCUUCCUACAUGGACAGCAUGCGACAAUAUGCAAAAGAACAUGGGGAGUAUGAUCCACAAACUGUAAGGCCAGGAAGUCGAUACAGUCAUGUACAGGAAGUCCAGGAACGGCUAAAUUUUCUGAGAUUUUUAUUGAAGGAUGGUCAGCUCUGGCUUUGUGCCCCUCAGGCAAAGCAGAUUUGGAAAUGUUUAGCAGAGAACGCAGCCUACCUUUGUGAUCGUGAAGCCUGUUUCAAGUGGUACUCCAAGCUAAUGGGUGACGAACCAGACCUUGAUCCAGACAUUAAUAAGGACUUCUUUGAGAACAAUGUGCUGCAGCUGGAUCCCUCCCUCUUAACAGAAAAUGGCAUGAAAUGUUUUGAGCGAUUUUUCAAAGCUGUGAACUGUCGUGAAGGAAAGCUUGUGGCCAAGCGUCGGGCUUACAUGAUGGAUGACUUGGAGCUUAUAGGGCUUGAUUACCUCUGGAGGGUUGUAAUUCAGGGUAGUGAUGACAUUGCAAGCAGAGCAAUAGAUCUUCUCAAGGAAAUUUACACCAACCUUGGACCAAGGUUACAAGUAAAUCAGGUGGAGAUACAUGAGGACUUCAUUCAGUCUUGCUUUGAUCGUUUGAAAGCCUCUUAUGACACAUUAUGUGUGUUAGAUGGUGACAAAGACAGUAUUAAUUGUGCAAGGCAAGAAGCAAUACGAAUGGUCAGGGUUUUGACUGUCCUCAAAGAAUAUAUAAAUGAAUGCGACAGUGACUACCACGAAGAGAGGACAAUUCUUCCGAUGUCCAGGGCUUUCCGGGGUAAGCACAUAACAUUGGUUGUGCGAUUUCCAAAUCAGGGUCGACAGGUGGAGGAUUUGGAUAUAUGGUCUCACACAAAUGACACAAUAGGUUCGGUUCGUCGUUGUAUACUUAAUCGUAUCAAGGCAAAUAGCGCACAUACAAAGGUUGAACUUUUUAUUGGAGGAGAACUCGUAGAUCCUUCUGAAGAUAGAAAAUUGAUUGGCCAGUUGAAUCUGAAAGAUAAAACUCUGAUUACAGCCAAACUCACCCAGAUAAGUUCAAAUAUGCCUUCAAGUCCUGACAGUUCAUCAGACUCCUCAACGGGCUCUCCUGGUAAUCAUGGAAACCACUAUAGCGAUGGCCCCAAUCCAGAAGUUGAAAGCUGCCUGCCUGGAGUGAUCAUGUCAUUACACCACCGGUAUAUCUCUUUUCUUUGGCAAGUUGCAGACUUGGGAAGCAGCCUAAACAUGUCACCGCUACGUGAUGGUGCACGUGUACUGAUGAAACUUAUGCCACCGGACAAUACUAUUGUAGAGAAACUCAGAGCAAUUUGUUUAGAUCAUGCUAAACUUGGAGAAAGCAGCCUGAGUUCAUCUUUAGAUUCGCUAUUCUUUGGCCAGUCGGCUUCACAAGUUCUUUAUCUAACAGAGGUUGUUUAUGCUUUGUUAAUGCCUGCCAAUGCUCCCUUGGGAGAAGAUGCCAGUGAUUUUCAGUACAACUUCCUAAAAAGUGGUGGCUUGCCUCUUGUAUUGAGCAUGCUUACUCGGAAUAAUUUCCUGCCAAACGCUGACAUGGAAACAAGAAGGAGUGCUUAUUUGAAUGCUCUGAAAGUCGCCAAAUUGCUGCUUACUGCGAUUGGUUAUGGACAUGUCCGUGCUGUCGCCGAAGCUUGCCAGCCUGCGGAAGGAACACAUCCAGUCUCACCGGCUACCCACGAUCAAGCAGUGGUGCUACAAAAUGCCCUACAGAACAUCCCUAAUCCAACUUCAGAAUGUAUGUUGAGAAAUGUAGCAAUACGACUAGCACAGCAAAUAUCCGAUGAGGCUUCUAAAUACAUCCCUGAUAUUUGUGUCAUUCGAGCAAUACAAAAAGUAAUCUGGGCCUCUGGAUGUGGGUCUGUUCAACUGGUGUUUUCAGCCAAUGAGGAAAUAAGCAAAAUUUAUGAGAAGACCAAUGCCGGUAAUGAACCAGACCCAGAAGAUGAGCAAGUUUGUUGUGAAGCGCUUGAGGCAAUGACCUUGUGUUUUGCUUUAAUACCAACUGCACUGGAAGCACUUAGCAAGGAGAAGGCAUGGCAGACAUUCAUUAUUGACUUGUUGCUACAUUGUCAAAGCAAACUGGUAAGACAAAUGGCGCAGGAGCAGUUUUUUCUUAUGGCAACAAGGUGCUGCAUGGGACACAGGCCUCUUAUCUUCUUCAUAACCUUGCUUUUCACCGUACUGGGGAGUACGGCUAGAGAACGGGCCAAACAUGCUGGAGAUUACUUCACCCUAUUAAGACACCUCCUGAAUUAUGCCUACAAUAGUAACAUUAAUAUCCCCAAUGCAGAAGUGCUGCUCAACAAUGAAAUUGAUUGGCUCAAGAGGAUAAGAGAUGAUGUGAAAAGAACUGGUGAAACAGGUAUUGAGGAGACCAUUCUUGAAGGUCACUUGGGAGUAACAAAAGAAUUGCUAGCAUUCCAGACACCUGAGAAGAAAUACCACAUUGGGUGCGAGAAAGGGGGCGCUAAUCUUAUUAAGGAGUUGAUUGAUGACUUCAUCUUCCCAGCAUCCAACGUGUAUUUGCAGUAUAUGAAGAGUGGAGAGCUUCCUGCUGAACAAGCUAUUCCAGUGUGCAGUUCACCUGCUACAAUAAAUGCAGGAUUUGAGUUGCUGGUUGCAUUAGCUGUGGGAUGUGUCCGUAAUCUCAGACAGAUUGUAGAUACAUUGAACGAAAUGUAUUACACAGGUUGUGAAGCUCUUACAGAGUGGGAAUAUCUGCCUCCAGUUGGGCCAAGACCUCCCAAGGGUUUUGUUGGGCUAAAAAAUGCUGGUGCUACAUGCUACAUGAACUCUGUAAUUCAGCAGCUGUACAUGAUCCCUGCAAUACGGAAUGGUAUUCUCGCUAUUGAAGGCACUGGAACUGAUGUUGAUGAUGACAUGUCUGGGGAUGAGAAACAGGACAAUGAGAGCAAUGUAGACCCACGAGAUGAUGUCUUUGGAUACCCCCACCAAUAUGAUGACAAGCCCUCCCUGAGCAAAACAGAGGAUAGGAAAGAGUACAAUAUUGGUGUGCUGAGACAUCUGCAAGUUAUCUUUGGCCAUUUGGCAGCAUCCAGAUUACAGUACUACGUUCCAAGAGGAUUUUGGAAGCAGUUCAGGCUUUGGGGAGAACCAGUUAACCUUCGGGAGCAACAUGAUGCUUUAGAAUUUUUUAAUUCACUGGUUGACAGUUUAGACGAAGCUUUAAAAGCAUUAGGUCACCCAACUAUGCUAAGCAAAGUUUUAGGUGGAUCCUUUGCUGAUCAAAAAAUUUGUCAAGGAUGCCCCCAUAGGUACGAAUGUGAAGAGUCUUUUACUACCUUGAAUGUAGAUAUUAGGAACCAUCAAAAUCUUCUUGACUCAAUGGAGCAGUAUGUCAAAGGAGACCUGCUGGAAGGUGCAAACGCAUAUCACUGUGAAAAGUGCAACAAAAAAGUUGAUACGGUGAAGCGCUUGUUGAUUAAGAAGCUGCCUCCUGUUUUAGCCAUCCAGCUGAAACGCUUUGACUAUGACUGGGAAAGGGAAUGUGCAAUUAAAUUUAAUGACUAUUUUGAGUUUCCGCGAGAGCUAGAUAUGGAGCCAUACACAGUGGCAGGUGUAGCAAAGUUGGAAGGAGAUGAUGUAAACCCUGAGAAUCAGGUUAUCCCCAAUGAACAGACUGAGAAUGAACCUGCUGGCAGCACUAAAUACAGAUUAGUAGGGGUGUUGGUGCAUAGUGGACAGGCCAGCGGAGGUCAUUACUAUUCUUACAUCAUCCAAAGAAAUGGAGGAGAUGGGGAAAAGAACCGCUGGUAUAAGUUUGAUGAUGGAGAUGUAACAGAAUGCAAAAUGGACGAUGAUGAGGAAAUGAAAAACCAGUGCUUUGGUGGAGAGUACAUGGGGGAAGUGUUUGACCACAUGAUGAAAAGAAUGUCAUACAGACGUCAAAAGAGGUGGUGGAAUGCCUACAUUCUUUUUUAUGAACGUAUGGACACUCUAGACAAAGACAAUGAAUUGAUCAAAUAUAUUACAGAGUUAGCAAUCACCUCCAAACCCCAUCAGAUCAAGAUGCCAUCAGCUAUUGAACGAAGUGUGCGCAAGCAAAAUGUCCAAUUCAUGCACAACCGGAUGCAAUUCAGUUUAGAAUAUUUUCAAUUUAUAAAGAAGUUACUAACCUGUAACAGUGUCUAUUUGAACCCUCCCCCAGGGCAAGAACAUUUGAUGCCUGAGCCAGAAGAAAUAACCAUGAUUAGUAUACAGCUUGCUGCUAAAUUCUUGUUUACUACAGGAUUUCAUACAAAGAAAGUUGUCCGUGGUCCUGCCAGUGACUGGUAUGAUGCAUUGUGCAUCCUUCUCCGCCAUAGCAAGAAUGUCCGCUACUGGUUUGCGCAUGGCGUUCUUUUUGCUUAUCCAAAUCGCUUCUCUGAAUAUCUUUUGGAGUGUCCUAGCGCUGAAGUUAGGGGAGCUUUUGCAAAACUUGUAGUAUUUAUUGCACAUUUUUCUUUGCAAGACGGACCCUGUACUUUACCCUUUGCUUCACCUGGACCAUCAAGUCAGUCCUAUGAUAAUUUAAGCCUGAGUGAUCAGUUGCUGAGAGCUGUCCUGAACCUGCUGAGAAGAGAAGUGUCCGAACAUGGGCGUCAUCUACAACAGUACUUCAACCUCUUUGUCAUGUAUGCUAAUCUUGGCAUGCAAGAAAAGACCCAGCUCUUGAAACUCAAUGUGCCUGCAACUUUUAUGCUAGUAGCAAUGGAUGAAGGGCCAGGUCCUCCAAUCAAAUACCAGUAUGCGGAAUUGGGCAAAUUGUACACUGUAGUGUCACAGCUAAUCCGUUGUUGCGAUGUAUCAUCGCGUAUGCAGUCCUCUAUUAAUGGUAACCCACCACUCUCCAACCCCUAUGGAGAUCCUAAUUUAUCGCAGCCUAUAAUGCCUCUGCAGCAAAACGUAGCAGAGUUGUUAUUUGUGAAAACCAGUUAUGUGAAGAAGAUAAUAGAGGACUGCAGUAACUCAGAGGAGACCAUCAAACUGCUGAGAUUCUGUUGCUGGGAGAAUCCACAGUUCUCAUCUACCGUUCUAAGUGAACUGCUGUGGCAGGUGACAAAUUAUAAUGUUGCAUAUUCUUACACUUAUGAGCUUAGGCCCUACUUGGAUCUCUUGCUCCAGAUCUUGUUGAUUGAGGACUCUUGGCAGACCCAUAGGAUUCAUAAUGCACUUAAAGGAAUACCAGAUGACAGAGAUGGUUUAUUUGAUACCAUCCAACGCUCCAAGAACCACUAUCAGAAGAGGGCUUAUCAAUGUAUAAAAUGCAUGGUGGCUUUGUUCAGCAACUGUUCUGUCGCUUACCAAAUAUUGCAGAGCAACGGAGAUUUGAAAAGAAAAUGGACUUGGGCAGUGGAAUGGUUGGGCGAUGAGUUGGAGCGCAGGCCGUAUACUGGCAAUCCGCAGUACACCUACAAUAAUUGGUCCCCACCAGUACAAAGCAAUGAAACCUCAAAUGGCUACUUUUUAGAGAGGUCGCACAGUGCUAGGAUGACUCUUGCCAAGGCUUGUGAGCUUUGCCCAGAAGAGGAGCCAGAUGACCAAGAUGCCCCUGAGGAACAUGAGUCCUCACCACCUGAAGAUGCCCCAUUGUAUCCCCAUUCACCUGGCUCUCAGUAUCAGCAGAAUAACCAUUUGCAUGGACAACCUUAUACCGGCCCAGCAGCACAUCACAUGAACAAUCCUCAGCGGACAGGCCAACGAGCACAAGAAGAAUUUGAAGGCAGUGAAGAAGCUCCCCUAAUUCAAACAAAAGAUUAGUGAAACUCAUAAUCAUUAUACUUAUCUCCUCUGAGACUGUGCACCCAGGCCUUACAGUCCAACCUUCCUUUGUGUCUGGCUAAUAUUUAAAACUAGAAAAAAAAACUAUUCCUAAUCAACUUCGAGUGGAGAGUCUAUUCACUGUCUUAUCUGCAGAAACUUGCUGUCAAUAUAUAACCCGCCUGCAGUGGAAAGUGUAUAGUGUUUUGUAAUAAACGGCCUGAUGCUAAUGUGUAAAUGGCAAAGGUGUACAUAGUAUAUUAAUGUUUGACUGUUAAUUCUUAUGGAAGACUUUUUUUUUUCCCCCUUUUUUUUUUUUUAUUUGGGGCUUGACGAGAUUCACAGAUUUACAAAAAAAUAAAAAUAUUUUAAAAAAAUCAA